AUGCCGCCUACUGUUGGAGUGAUGCAAGAUGAAGAAGGGAAUGAGCUUUAUGAUGAUGAUUCCGCUCCUGCUGUUGCACCACGAACAUCCCCCACUCCAGUUGGUGGAUUGAUGGCUGUCGACCUUGGAACACCUCCUGACUCCAUUGGUGGAGGCUCUCCACUUGACUCUGCCGCUCGCCAUGAGACUGCUGCAGUUCUUGCAUCCUUGGCAAAUGGAUCUACACCACCAGUUAUUGCUGGUGCAGAGGUAUCGCCCACCGAAUCCGACACAGCCAAUGCUGGAGGAACAAAACGCCCCACUCCAGUAAAUACAUCGCGACACACAAAGGCAAAGCAAGGAGCUCCUCGCACUCUGUUGUGUAAUGCAAGACACAAGAGGACAGCUUGUCCACUUGUUGCGACUGAGCCCCAAAAGGAUGUCAGUCUCGAUUUCAACCAACAACCACAACUGCUCAUGGUCACGAUCAAAGUCAGUUAA